AUGCCAAAGAAUAAAGGAAAGGUCACACUCUCCCAUGGUGGAAAGAAUCGCAGACGUGGAAAGAACGAAAACGAUGACGACAAGCGUGAAUUAGUCUUCCGUGAAGAUGGACAAGAAUACGCACAAGUAACGAAGAUGCUUGGUAAUGGUCGUCUCGAGGCAAUGUGCUUUGAUGGGGAGAAGAGGCUGGCCCACAUUCGUGGUAAGAUGCGAAAGAAGGUGUGGAUCAACCAGGGAGACAUUGUACUCCUUUCUCUGCGGGACUUCCAGGAUGACAAGGCAGAUGUCAUUGUUAAGUAUACGGCUGAUGAGGCAAGAAAUCUAAAGGCCUACGGCGAGCUGCCAGAGAAUGCAAAAAUCAACGAGACAGAUACCUUCCCCGAGGAGGAUGGAGAGUGUACUUUUGAAUUCGGCGACGAAGGGGAGGUCGAUAUCGACGACAUUUAA